AUGUAAUGAUUAAACAAUUUAAUGUUAUCUCCUUGAAACAAAGAUGGACGAACGUGUGCUUGUAGUCUUCACAUUCAUGUUUGUUAGUGUUUACAGCAGUCAGGUGUUGUUAGUAUCUAUGGAUGGCUUCAGAUGGGACUAUUUGACGAAAUUUUCCACUCCGAACUUUGAUCGCCUAGCUCGAAAUGGAACUAAAGCCAGUUAUAUAAAUAACACCUUUAUAACGAAGACAUUCCCCUGCCAUUAUACUAUAGUCACUGGUCUAUAUGAAGAAAGCCAUGGUAUCAUUGGGAAUCACAUGUAUGAUCCAGUAUUUAACAGCACGUUUAGCAUGCAAACUUACGAAACGAGAUGGUGGAAUGGUGGAGAACCAUUAUGGGUAACGGCUCGUCGUCAAAACCUUAAAAGUGCCACGUAUUUCUGGCCAGGAAGUGAGGCCAAAAUCAGGGGGUACAGGCCAAACAUAUGGUUUCAUUAUAACGAAUCGGUGCCUUUUAAAACUCGUAUCGAUACUGUUAUAACAUGGUUGGCAGAUAAACAAAUAAAUCUUGUAAAUUUGUAUUUCCAUGAACCAGACGCAACCGGACAUGCUUUUGGUCCCGAUUCACCUCAGAUUAGGGACAAGGUUAUAGAAAUGGAUAAGAUUUUAGGAUAUCUUUUGGAUAAAUUUGACUCACAUAAUCUCUGGAACUAUGUGAACUUGAUAGUGACCAGCGACCAUGGAAUGACAACUAUAGAUACUGCUAAAAAAGUAGUGGACAUUACGGAUCAUGUGGAUAUGAGCAAUAUACAGUUUACUGUUGACAACGGCCCAAUAAUGCAGGUGCAACCUGCUUUGGGACAGAUAGAUAAUGUUGUCCAGAGUCUUCAGAAUGUUUCACAUAUAUCAGUUUUCAAGAAGGAAGAAAUACCCGAUCACUGGCACUACAAAAACAAUAGACGCAUCAUGCCAGUAUUUCUGCUUGCCGAAGACGGUUGGUCUAUCACAAAAAACAAAGCUAAAGCAGCUUUGUAUCGUGGGAGAGGCGCUCAUGGUUAUGACAACCGUCUUGAUAAAAUGAAACCUAUAUUUUUGGCUAGAGGUCCAAAUAUCAAAGAAAAUCAUAUAACAGACACAUUCAGGAGUAUCGAUAUAUAUCCCAUGAUCUGUCAUUUAUUGGGAAUACAACCUGCUCCAAACAACGGCAGUCUAACAGCAACUUCAAGUUUUCUUGUAGCGACUGGCACUAAUGUCGCUUCUGCAAAUAUUGUUUCAUUCUGGGCGUUCAUUCUAUCCACACUAUUAGUAUUAUUGUGAAAUACAUUGAGUAUCUUUAGACAAUGAUAAGGAAAUAACUUUCCGUAUUUUUACAAUUAUAUAUAUUUAUUUUCAUCUGAAUUGCAAAUCUAGGAUAACAUACUUUACGGAGGGUAACGCCAAAACAAUUAAGGUACAUCAUAUUUACAUGUUCCUUGAAAAUAAUUAGUACAUUCUAAGGAAGUCAGCAAACAACAAAACAGUUUUAAAAUCCAUGUAAUAUGUAAACUAAUAAAAUGUAGUCUUUAAUUUUAUAAGCUUUAAGAUCAAAAGCAUUUAGACUGUGAUUUAAAAAAUCUUUUUCAUCAUAAACCAGCACAUUGUAGUUUUGAAGCUUACAUGUUAUUCGUAAACUUAAUAUCGUUCGUUACAUUAAAUAUAUAUCUGAAAAUAAAUGAGGACUUCAUUUAGAUA